CAUCAAUAAGGAACUUGUUUUCCUUGUUUUCAUUUUACUUUGGAUCGUAAAAGCUGCCUCUCGCGAUCUUCGGAAGGUGAAUGUGGUAAAAAAUGGACAGCACGUCCAAGGUGGAAUGUCGUCUGUGCCUGGAGGCGCUGAACGAAUCCAAGUGGACGAUUGAUCAGCCGGAUUUAAAAAAGCAAAUAAGCGAAGUGUUUCAUUUUACGAUUGAUCCACAACCUGGAUUUUCAUCAACCGUAUGCAGCGAUUGUUUGAUAGUAAUAUCAGAUUUUCAUCAAUAUUCGGAGCGAGUCAAAUGCAACCAAGACACGCUAGCAGCAUCCGCUCAGCUAAAGUUGUCCGAAGUUCAUCCGCAUGCCAUCAAAACUGAGAAGCCCGAUCCUGAAAAGGAUGAGCCUUAUAGUGGCCAUGGGAGUGAUGUCGAAGAUGACGAUAUCGUCGACGCCGAUGAUGGUGAUUGGGAUAAUGAUGAUGUAUUUGCCGAACCGCUGGUAACUAUAGAAGUGAAGCAAGAACCAACUGGAAAGCGACGCAGCGAUUCUCGGAAGAAGGAAGAACCGAUUGUGUCGGCACGGGAAACUCGUCAAAGGAACAGAGAAGUUAAGCGAACUGAAUCUCCCGAGAAAGAUAGAGAUGAUACUGAUAAUGAUGACGAUGACGACUAUCAACCCGAAACAAAGAAACAGAGGAAGCCACGGCAAUUGAAGGAAAAGAAGAUAAAGAAAGAAAAAGUCGAUUCUGGCGAGGAAGGCGAUGCCGAAUUGUCGUUGGAACGACCCAGAAGGAGGCGAAAAAAGGAUAUCAAUCUCAAGAGUAAAGAAGAAUUGGCACAAGAAGAUGUUCGUAUACAAGAAUUCUACGAAAUGAUUUGCGAUAUGUGCAAAGAGAAAUCGGAAGAUUUUGAAUCUUUGAGGAAACACUUCCGGAAGGAACACGGAAUGCCGGCCUAUAUCAAGUGUUGCGAAAAGAAGCUAGCUAGAAAGUGGGCGUUGAUUGAUCACAUCUUGGUUCAUGCGAAUCCCGACUUAUAUCGCUGCGAGCGUUGCGAUAAGACCUUCAAGGGCAAGAGAUAUCUUAAUGACCACAUGGAAAAUGUACACGGAAGUGCCGAAGAGAAACCGUUCAAGUGCGAACAAUGUAACCGUUUCUUUGCGAAAGAAACACUGUUACGAUCGCAUAUUGCUAAUCACAAGAAGAUCCUUUGCAAGCAAUGCAAUCAGGAGUUCGCUAAUUCUGCAGAGUUGAAAGAUCAUCUGAAGGUCGUGCACAAAAACGAACAUACGAUCAGAGUAUGCGACCGGUGCGGCAAAGCUUUCGCUGGGCCCAGUGCUCGCAGCAAUCUCAAGCAACACAUCGAGAAAGUACACAUGGGUCUUGGCGAUAAAACUAAACUUCAAUGCCCAAUCUGCCAGAACUGGCUGCUGGGAAAGCGUGCUUUAACGAGACAUAUGCAAUUACACAGCGAGGUGGGUCAACCGCAUAUCUGCAACAUUUGCAACCAGAAUUACCUUCACUCGAGAGCACUGGCGCGUCACAAGCGGUUUGUACACGUGGAACAAAAAUACGAGUGCGAGUUUUGCGGCAAGAGAUUCAAGAGACCGUUGGCUUUGAAGGAACAUCGUGCAACCCACACGGGAGAGGCACUUUACGCGUGUAAGAUUUGCAAUGCGUCGACGAAUUCAAAUGCCAGCUAUUACUCGCAUAUGAAGAAAGCACACCCGAUUGAAUGGGCAGAGCAAAAAAUGAAAGCGGCAGAAGCGGCUGCACCAGGUCCGCUGGAACCGAAUGUUCCCGCUGUGCCUAUAGAACAGACGUCGGCGGUUUCCAUAGACGAACAAUCGGCAGUUUCCAUUGAGGAACAACCAAUAGUGGUAGCCAUUGAACAACCCCUGAAGUCCGAAGCAUUCUCUCUCCAGUAAUUCAUAGUAAGAUUGGUAUGAUGUCAUACUCUAGAUGAUUUUUAUUUGUGCCGAAAUUUCUCUGAAAAUUGUGUAUAGUUCAUUUAUGUUUUCCUUGAAUUCAAACAAAGUUAUAAAAAGA